AUGUUAAUCGACGAACAGAAUGCUGAUCAAAUAAUCACAACGAUUCGAACACUUCAUCAAACGACAAUUGAUCAACGAGAACAUGAUCUAACUGAAUAUCUUAUUGAAAUAUUUCAAUCAAUUGAAGAACAACAACAACAAUUAAAUUUAAUUAAGUUAUUUCAUUUAUUAACAAAUCUUUUACGUGAUUAUAUUGAUCGAGCAGCAUUAAAAAUUGAAUUUCUUAAUGCAAAAUGUUUAGAAACAAUUGAUCGAAUAUUAAUAAAUCAAACAACUAAUCAAGAAAAUAUUAUAUCAAUACUUCAAUUUAUCGCUGAACUUCUUGUUAAUUCAAAAAAUGUUCAAGAAGUUUUUCUUAAGUUUAAUGGUUAUGAAAAAAUCUUCCGUUCUCUUUAUUAUGUUCAUACACCAUCAUUAGAUUUUGUUAAUCAAUUACUUAUACUUAUGACAGAAAAUUCAACAUUACAAAUUGAUCAAUCACUAACAGCAGUAGAUCUCUAUGUUCAUUUUAUUAAUCCAUAUAUAGCUAUUAUAUUAAUAUCUUGGUUACCAUAUUUAACAAAUAUAUCUCAUCAACAUCAUAUUAUACAUACCAUAAAUAUUAUUGUUUCACGUUCAUUACAAAAUAAAAUGAUGGCUUGCUCCAAUAAUAUUAUUUAUUCUUUAAUUGAUAUACUUUUUUCAAAUAAAUUAAAUGAUAAAAUUUUACUGGAUAAUAUUUUUUCAAUCUUAGAAAAAUUAUGUCGAUUUUCAAUAAAUAUUAAAGAAAUUCGUCAUAUAUGUCAAUUAUUGAAUCAAAAUACAUCUUUUAAAAAACAAUUAUUACGUGUUUUAAUUACGGCUGCUAAACAUGAUGAUCCUGAUACACAUUCAAUUUCUUCAUAUUUUGAUUUACAAAGAGCUAACAGUGGAAUUAUUUUACCAGUUAUACGUCGUUGGCCAUCAUUAUCAAAUGCAUCAUUACAUUUUACAUUUCAUUGUUGGUUAAGAUUGAAUAAUGAAGUUGAAAGUUAUCCAUAUGAUGCACGUCGUCAAAUUUAUUCGUUAUAUUCAGAUACCAUUGGUCUAGAAUCUUUUAUAUGUAAUUCAUCGAUAAUUAUAUCAGUAAGUGAUCGUCGUGAACUUGUUUAUAUUGAAAUACCUGAAUGUGAUGAUUUAAUUGAUGGUUGUUGGCAUUCAUUAACUAUUAUUCAUACAGCACAACGACCAUCUUUAUUUGUUGCUGCAUUUCAAGCAGUAUCAACAUGUUAUUUAACAGUUUACAUUGAUGGUUUAUUGAAGAAACAAGUUAAAGAUUUUAAAUAUGUCCCUUUAAUGAAUGAUCCCAUCAGUUUAGCUUCAAUUGGUGCACCUAGUCAACGGCCCCGUUUACCAUCAAUGGGUUCAAAAGAUUCAUUACAAUUAUCAACAACAAUUGCAAAAACAAUUCAACCAUUUAAAGGUUUAUUUUCAUCCAAAAAUAAAAUGUCCAAUUCACGUUCAGAAAAUCAAGCACUUAAUCCACAAAAUAUAAUGACAGUUGAACCAAAUAGUCAAGAUACUAUAUUUGGACAAUCAACGUGUUUACAUGGACAAUUAGCUUGUGUUUGGAUUUUAGCCGAAACAUUAAAUGAAACACAAGUUAAACAUUUACAUUCUAUGGGUGCUGAUUUUUGUCAUCAAAAUCGUUCAAUAUCCGGUGAAGAUAAUUCCAUGUCUACUAUGAUAUAUGAUCUUUUAUCUACUCGUUCUCUCCUAGUCUAUCAUCCAUUAGCAUGUAAUAAUCAAAUUUGUGUUGAUAUAUCAGCUUGUACAUCUCAAAUGAAUGGUCGAUUUAAUAAUG